GCUGUGAGCCUCAUUUUGUUCUGGAUUUGUUUCUUUGGCAAACUUUGGAUAUCACAUCUUCAGACCCACUUCUUUCUCCUGCUUCAGGCAGGCGUGGAAGACAUUAACUGUGUCUUUCACUACUGUUGUGGGAUGAGUGUUGAGAGAAAAAAAACAACAAAAAAACAAAACAGAAGAAGGUGUGUGACAUCGUGAGCUGAAUGAAAAGAGUGUUUGUUGUGGUGCAGUGAAGGUGUUUUUCUGUGUAUGUGUGUUUUCACUGAUCAACUGCAGCAGAAUGUUGCCACCUGUGAAGAAAGACCGAGUCAUUUCUCAGCUUCCAAGGUGUUUUAGUCCAAAUGCAGCGCUGCACACUAAAGACGGCUUCCACCCACAGGUGAAGGCUGUGUGCCAGUUUCAGAGGACAGCCACAGUCAGCUUUAAUAUCGCCAAAGUCAUUGUAGUGGGUGAUGUUGCUGUUGGGAAAACAUGUCUUAUCAGCAGGUUCUGCAGGGGUGCGUUUGAUAAGAACUACAAAGCGACCAUCGGGGUGGAUUUUGAGAUGGAGCGUUUCGAGGUGCUUGGCGUUCCCUUCAGUUUACAGCUGUGGGACACGGCAGGUCAGGAGAGGUUCAAGUGCAUCGCUUCCACCUACUACAGAGGAGCACAAGCCAUAAUAGUCGUGUUUGACCUCAGCAGUGCAAGCUCUUUAACACAUGCCAGGCAGUGGCUGGAGGAUGCAAUGAAGGAAAAUGAUCCAUCCAGUGUGUUGCUGUUCCUGGUUGGUACCAAGAAGGACCUCAGCUCUCCUGAUCAGCUGUCUCAGGUCGAGCAGGAAGCCAUCAGACUCUCUGAGGAAAUCAAAGCAGAGUACUGGGCCGUGUCUGCAAAGUCAGGAGAUGGUGUCAGGGAGUUCUUCUUCCGUGUGGCUUCUUUAACUUUUGAGGCCAACGUUUUGUCUGAGCUCGAGAAAAGUGGGUCGAGGCACGUCGGUGACAUAAUCAGAAUCACAGACAACACAGACGCCCACCGCAGACGCAAGAGGACCCCACAGUGCUGCUGAGACAGCCUGGAUAUACUGUACCGACUACACAGCAACACAAAAUGGCUCAACAGGAAAAUUCUACUGAAGAAUAGACUCAGCGGCUCGGUGUGGAUGUCGCAAAAAAAAAACCCUAAAAAGCAACGUAAACAAUGUUGUAUUUGCAGUGUUCUCAAAUGACCCGAGAAGAAAUUAGUAAUAAUCCAAGCUGACAUAAUGAAUUCUAAGUUGAGUCUGUAAACAAAUCUGUCAGCAGAAUGACUCAAAUGGUGUCAUCUCAGGAAUGUCUCCUGCUGACAAAUAAGGUGAUUGUGAUUUGCUUGGUUAAAUGAACAUUUAUCAAAGGGUGAUUAUUCUCCAGUGUGUUUUUUCUUAAACUCCUCUUGCCUUUAAACACAUGUCCGUCUGUCUGAAGCAACAUUUUUCUGCUGUCAUGGAUUAAAUGUCAGUACCAGAAA